AUGGAGAUCAGGACUCAACCCUUUAGUUUUUUCAGUUCUCCUGAUGAGCUAUUGAUAAGAUGUUUGUUAUCGGAUGAUUUGUCUACGUUCAUAUACAUUGUGGAGAACGAAGGAUGUAAAAUUGAUGAGGAGAUCACUUGUGGGUGCAGGCAAAUUGGAUCUGACAGACGCACCGAAUUAAAGAGAACACCUUUGAUGCUUGCUGCCUUGUCUGGGAGUUUCAAUGUGUUAAACUAUAUCCUUCAAUCUGGUCAAGUUGACGUGGAUAAACCUUCUUCCUCAGACGGAGCGACAGCCUUUACCUGUGCUCAUUCUGCCGGCUCUCCUCCCAAAAUCAUUCAGGCACUGAUUUCUGCUUCGAAGAGUUGUUCGUCGAUCCCUCCCACAGCCAACAACGCAAACACAGGUCAAAAUAGUAGUCAAGAUAGGAAUGAAGGGACCUCUGAACAUGGCGAGUUGAACAGGAGAUUUCCAGGGCAGGAGCAGAACAUGGCUACCAAUACCACUACAGCUAGUACUUCUAGACUCACAUAUUACAUCGCUCGCAGGCUUACUGGAGAUUUCCAUGGCAGGAGCUGA